AGAGGUGAAGAGCCAGGAGCUCCUGCUCCCCCACUCACUCCCCCUGCCCUGACUGUGUCUCUGCAGCCCCUGGCACAGCCCAGCAUGGUGCAGAUCAUCAUCUCCAGCGGUGGCACAGGGGCCCUGGCACAGUGGGUGCUGGUGGAGCUGCAGGGCGAGGUGCAGCCCCGGCAGAGUGGGGACCUGCCUGGGAGCCUGCUGGGAGACUUGCACUACACCUGUGAGGGCAUCCCCGUGCUCAUCGUGGGUCACCACAUCCUCUAUGGGAAGGUGGUGCAUAUGGAGAAGCCGUUUGCUGUGCUGGUGAAGCAGGGAGGAGCUCCCCAGCCCAGUCCCACAGAGCCCCACGGCCACUACACUGUUACUGCCCUCAUCAAAACCAAACUGCUCUUCAAAACCCGCCCCAAGCCCAUCAUCACCAACGUGCCCAAGAAGGUCUGAGGGGAAGGAUGUGGACUGUGAUCUGCUACUGCAAAGAGCACCAGGGACUUGGGGAGAUCCAGGACCUCAUCGCUGUCCUGCACAGGGGACUUUGGGGCUGCUGGGUUCUGCAUCUAGGCACUUGUCCCUCCCAAAAUUACUCUUUUCAGACAGCAACCAAGCUCUUGGCCACAGACCCUGUGGAUCACCCCAGGGGACAUGGCUCCUGGUAGGCAGGGAGUUCCUGUGAGCCUGGGCUGUCCACAGUGUGCAGCAGGUCCCAGGAAUCCAUGGAGGUGCCAAUGUGGAGAUGUCUCCCUUUACACCCUCCCUGGAGCUGUAGGGACACCAGUGCCACGCAGGGACUCAAGAUCAACCUCCCUCAAGUCGGGCAGAGGGACCAGGGACCCUCCCCAAAACACACCAUGUGUCCUCACUUCAAGUCUUUAUUUCCACAACUCCAUCAAGAUAUAAAAACCAGCUUUUUCCGCCCUAAAUAUGGAAAAAAAUCCCCCUGGCAGGUUC